UUCAUUUUUGCAUUAAUAAAUGGUUAAACCUUGCUAUGCGGCUUUCGCCGCAUCGAGUAUUUAUGAAAAUUAUAGCAAAUAAUGUUACAACGGCGAUUGAACAAGUGACUGCUUAUGAUAGAGAUCCAGCUCCAUAUUUUUUUGAUCAAGAGGUACAGAAGCUUCUACAAAUUUUAACACGUCCAAUUCCUGAAAAAGUCUUUCGUCCACGUAUGAAUGGUGUUAAUAUAACAACUCCAGAAUACAGAUUUAUGACGAAUGAAGAACUUGAAAUUGCACGCAAGGAAUCAGAAAUAAAAAUGUGGGAUCUUUUACAAAUACCUCCAAUUGUUAAAAUAAGAGAAGAAGAUAUUAGAAUUUUAUCUAAAGAUCCAGCUAUACAGGGAUAUACCGAUGCAAAACAUGUUUUCACUGAUAUAACGUUUGGAGUGUCAAAUAAAUAUCGUUUAAUCGUAGUUAGAGAACCGAAUGGGAUCUUAAGAACUGUGACGCACACCGAGAGAGAUAGGUUAAACCAAAUAUAUUUUCCAAUACCUGGACGUGAAAUAGAAAUGCCUAAAAUGUUCGAGGAAGAACAUUUGAAGCUCAUAUUAGAUAGAGAGGAUUAUGAAUUUAUUUUGGAUCGAGCUUGUGUACAAUUUAAUCCAGAUAAUAGUGAAUAUCACAGAGUGACACAGAGAACUUACGACGAAGUAAACAAGAAACAGAAGUAUGAUAAAUUAAGAUCAACUAGGCAUUACGGAUCAAUGAUAUUUUAUUUAGCGUGGAGCAAAAAUUUAAACAAUUUACUGCUUGAAAAUAUAGAAACAGGCAAGAUUGAAGAUGGUGCACUAGCAAUAAAACUGUAUUAUAUUUUAAAUGUAAAACAAAAAGAGAAUUUAAAAAAUAAUGACGUUGAUAUAAUAGAAGAUUUUAUAAAGAAUGAAACUAAUAUGAAUUCAAAAUUGGUAAAAGCUUUGGAAAAUUAUAAACAGAUAUCGGAAGCACGUGAAAAAUUACAGAGUAAUAUAGAAAAGAUACACCAAAAUGCUGAAAUAAAUAAUUAAUAAACAAGAGUAUUAAUAUUUUUCCUUAAUAUUAUUGUUUGCACAGACUCAGUAUAGGCAUAUAUGUAUACGUGUUUGCGAGCGUAUGUGUGCAUACGUGCGCGCGUGCGGUUUUAAUUAAUUUUUUAAUUAAUUAAUUGUUUUAUUAACAUUAUUUUCUUUUUUAUAUUUAUGAACAAUCUGAUUAAAGUAAUGUUUAAUACUAUUUGAAUGUAAAGUGACAAAUGCUACAAGGUACCAAAAAAUUAAAAAAUUUUCUACCCAAGCAGUUUGUUAAAGGUUUUAAUUUAUU